AUGUCAUUAUUCUUGUUUCUUGUGAUAAUCGCCGUGAUCGCGUUCGCUCUGUAUGAUUACACGGAGAAAGUGCGGCGUCUCGCCGGGACGCCAUUUAAGGGCCCACCUUUUCUGCCCAUCGUGGGCCACGCUUAUCAGCUCAUCCUGAGGAAGCCCUCCUUUAUCUUCGACGCCAUCCAGCAGGGUGUGAAGCAAUUCGGUCCACUCUCACGCGUCUGGCUGGUCAAUUUCCUCUUCCUCAGCAUCACAGAUCCCGAAUACAUCGAGCCAAUCCUCAACAGUUCCACUCACAUUGGCAAAACCGUCGAAUAUUCGUACCUCAAGCACUGGCUUGGCGAUGGACUUCUGCUCACCACUGGCAAGAAGUGGCACACAAGGAGGAAAAUCAUCACACCAGCCUUUCACUACAAGAUCCUCGAGAGUUUCACCGGCAUCUUCGACAAGCAGGCAAAGAUCUUCGUGCAGAAGCUGCAACACUUCAGCCCAGCGACGCCAGUUGAUGUCUGUCCGCUGGUUAGUCUGCUAACCUUCGAUGUUAUUUGUGAAACCGCCAUGGGAACUUCCGUGCAAACGCAGUUUAAUAGGAACUCCGAAUAUGUUGAAGGAGUGAAAGAAAUCACAAAUAUUCUGCAUGUGCGGAUGUACAAUGCCCUGCUGAGGCUUGAGUUCCUCUUCAGACUAUCUAAGAGUGGCGCACGUGAGCGUGAAAUUGUGCGGACACUGCACAAGUGGACAGAUCGCGUGAUUGAGAAGCGCAGAGAGGAUUUGCUGCAACAGAAAUCUGCCGAGAGAAUGUCUGAAGAUGCAAAAGUCGGACUGAAGGACAAAUUGGCACUGCUGGAUGUCCUUCUGCAGACGACAAUUGACGGGAAAGCCCUGUCGAAUGAGGAUAUCCGGGAGGAAGUGAACACUUUCAUGUUUGCCGGUCACGACACGACAACUUCCGGAAUCACCUUCCUGCUGUACAACAUUGCUCUGCAUUCGGUGGUGCAGGAGAAGAUUCUCGAGGAGAUUGAGCGUGUUAUUGGCAAGGAUGUGGAGAAGGACUUAACAAUUGGCGAUCUCAAGAACUUGACCUACCUUGAGUGUGUGAUUAAGGAAUCACUGAGACUCUUCACGCCGGUUCCCAUGAUUGGACGCUAUUUCGCCAAAGACACGCAACUGAAGGACAAUCUUCGCAUCCCCGGGAAGAGUACAGUGAUCAUUGGGGCGUUCUGCAUGGGCAGAGAUGCGAAGCUCUUCCCCGAUCCGGAAACCUUCAAGCCAGAGAGAUUCCACGAGGACGAAGUGACAGGGAGGAAUCCCUUCAGCUACAUCCCUUUCAGUGCCGGCCCGAGAAAUUGCAUUGGCCAGAAGUUUGCCAUGCUGGAGAUGAAGACUGUGAUCGUGAGGCUGCUGCAGAUGUACAAGAUCAGCGUGGAUCCGAGCUAUGACAAGCCACAUCUGGUGGCCACAAUUGUGCUGCGUUCCAGCAAUGGAAUUGUGCUCAACUUCAAGAAAAGGACAUGACACACAAUUCCCACUCAACACCUGUGUUAUUCUUCUCUCUCAAAUAAAUCCUGUAUCACUGGCA